AGCCUGGGCGGCGAAGGGUGCAGCCUCCUGCCGCACGACCACUACUGGAUCGCCAGCGAGCGGGUCGUCACGCUCGGCCGCGUCGGCCCCGCCGCAGUGGAGGUGAAGGGCGGGCUGAUCAACGCCAUCGCCGUGGGGGACUACCGGAGCUUCGUGCUCCGGCGGCCGCUCGUCGACUACGGGGACGCCGUCAUCAUGCCCGGCCUCAUCGACGUGCACGCGCACCUCGACGAGCCUGGGCGAGCGGAGUGGGAGGGGUUCUCCACCGGCACCAGAGCCGCCGCUGCAGGUGGAAUAACAACGUUGGUAGACAUGCCCCUCAACAGCUUCCCUUCAACGGUUUCUAAAGAGACUCUCAAACUCAAGUUGGAUGCGGCUCGGGAUAAACUAUAUGUUGAUGUCGGGUUUUGGGGAGGCCUUGUACCAGAGAACGCCUUGAACCCAAGUAAAUUGGAGAGCCUACUGAAUGCAGGAGUGUUAGGACUUAAGUCCUUUAUGUGUCCCUCUGGUAUCAACGACUUCCCCAUGACAAAUUCAACUCAUAUCGAGGAGGGCCUGGUUACGUUAGCAAAGUACAAGAGGCCCUUACUUAUCCACGCAGAACGCAUACCGGAUGUCGCGAGUGAUGAUGAGCUUAAUGGCGAACUAGAUCCUCGAUCUUAUGCAACAUAUCUCAAGUCAAGACCAGCAACAUGGGAGGAAUCAGCUAUCAGAGAUUUGAAACGUGCCAUGCAGGACACAGAAGUGGGUGGUCGGUCAGAAGGAGCUCACCUUCACAUUGUUCAUCUCUCAGAUGCAGAAACCACCCUCGACCUUCUAAAGGAUGCGAAACAGAGUGGCGCAAGACUCAGCAUAGAAACCUGUCCACAUUACCUCGCAUUUUCGGCCGAAGAAGUUCCAGAUGGGGAUACUCGUUUCAAGUGCUCUCCUCCUAUACGCAAUGCCACCAACAAGGAAAAUCUCUGGGGAGCUCUGCUUGAUGGCCACAUCGACAUGCUCAGCUCAGACCACUCGCCGUCUACUCCUGAUCUCAAGCUGAUGGAGGAAGGCAACUUCAUGAAGGCAUGGGGAGGUAUAUCAUCUCUGCAGUUUGUUCUCCCCGUAACAUGGUCACACGGGAAAAAGUACGGCAUCACGCUGAAUCAGCUAGUCUCGUGGUGGAGUGAGAAGCCCGCUGAGCUUGCGGGGCAAAAGAACAAGGGGGCUAUUCUGCCGGGUUACCACGCGGACAUUGUGGUCUGGAAACCUGAGGCGCAGUUCCAUCUCGAUGACAGCCAUGCCGUAUACCACAAGCACAGGAACAUUUCGGCGUAUCUAGGGAAAGAGCUCUCCGGCCAUGUCUUGUCAACGUUCGUGAGAGGGAACCUGGUGUUCGCCGAAGGGAAGCAUGCCGGGGCUGCUUGCGGUGUCACCAUCCUCGCAAAGUGGCUGAGCGCAGCCGCGCGUUCCAGCUCCCACCUCCGUCUCCGGCGGGAAGCGGAGACCUCCCGCUUCCACUCCGACGGCCAUGGCCGCCACCACCGCCUCAAACCUCGCUCUCCUCCUCCCAUCGACACUCCAUUCCACGGUUCGCCUCCCCACCCGCCUCCUCCGCGUUCCACGCGCUUCCCCGUUACGCCUCAGCACGGCCGCCGCCUCCUCCGGCUCCCGAACCCUAACGUCCCCCGCCUCGUCGGAAACUCCGGAGGCGGCGGAGGAGCUACGCCUGGAGACGGAGUCCGCGCUCGAGUGGGGCGGCGUGUGCGCGCGGCUGGCCGACUUCGCCGCCACCGCGCGGGCCGCGCUGCCUGCGCGGAGGGCCGGGUCCCCGUCGGCCGGAGCCGGGAGGAUAGCGAGCGGCUGCUCGAGCAGACCGCCGCAGCGGUGGCGUUGCUAUCGUCGUUGACGCCGCUGGAUUUCGGAGGCGUGGGCGACGUGUCGGCCGUCGUCGCCGCCGCGGCACGGGGACGACUGCUCGCGGUGAGGGAGAUAUGCGGCGUCGGGCGCAGCCUCCGGGCCGCGCGAGGCGUGUUUGAGCAGCUCAACGGGCUCGCCGAGGAGAUGCCAGAUGGGAGGUACUCUCCUCUUGUGGAUAUACUGCAGGACUGCGACUUCUUGACAGAACUUGUACAGAUGAUAGAGUUCUGCCUCGACUCCAACCUUUCGAUGGUCCUCGACCAGGCCAGCGAUAAACUAGGAGCGAUCCGCAAGGAAAGGAGGAUGAACAUCGACGUGUUAGAAUCUCUGCUGAGAGAUGCAUCCACGAAGAUCUUCCAGGCCGGUGGGGUUGACAGCCCUCUGGUCACUAGGCGCCGCUCUAGAAUGUGUGUUGGUGUUAAAGCUUCGCACAAGCAUUUGGUCCCUGGUGGAAUUGUUCUGAGUUCCAGUGGCUCUGGUGCGACGUACUUUAUGGAGCCCAGAGAUGCUGUCCAGCUGAACAACACGGAGGUAAAACUUGCAGGCGAUGAGAGAGCCGAGGAGCUGGCAGUAUUGGGCUUGCUAACUUCAAGGAUAGCAGCUUCCCGACUGAAGAUCAGGCAUUUGAUGGGGAAAAUAUUGGAACUGGACCUGGCUUGUGCUAGAGGUUCAUAUGCCCUACAGAUAAAUGGUGUGAGGCCAGCCUUCAGUGACAGGGACAAUAGUACUCGAUUGGACCCAAGCAGCGCAUGUUCAGUAUUUAUCGAGGGCAUUCAGCAUCCUUUGCUUCUUGAGCAGUUCCGUGGAAUUGUGAAAGAAUCAGAUGCCGAAGUGGGGAAUGGACAGCUUUCUGAUGAAGUCUGUGUCUCUGCGAUGCCUGUUCCGCUGGACAUGCGUGUGAAGAACGAUACUAGGAUAGUUGUGAUCUCUGGACCCAACACUGGAGGUAAAACCGCUACUAUGAAGACCUUGGGAUUGGCCUCUCUGAUGUCAAAGGCUGGAAUGUUCUUCCCAGCCAAAGGGAAGCCUAGGCUUCCGUGGUUUGAUCAGGUUCUUGCAGACAUUGGUGACCAUCAGUCGCUGGAGAAUAGCCUCUCUACCUUCAGUGGGAACAUAUCACGUCUUCGCAAGAUUGUACAAGUUGUAUCGAAAGACUCUCUUGUUCUUAUUGAUGAGAUUGGCAGUGGUACUGAUCCAUCAGAAGGUGUAUCCCUUUCAACCAGCAUUUUGAAGUAUCUUGCUAGUAGACUAAACUUGGCCAUCGUGACAACCCAUUAUGCUGAUCUAAGUCGUCUCAAAUCUGUUGAUGAUCGAUUUGAGAAUGCUGCAAUGGAAUUUUGUUUGGAAACUCUGAAACCAACAUAUCGAAUCUUGUGGGGCAGUACUGGUAAUUCAAAUGCAUUAAGCAUUGCAAAGUCAAUUGGUUUUGAUCAGAAAAUACUUGAUCGGGCACAAGAAUGGGUCGAAAAAUUAUUGCCUGAUAAACAGAAGGAACGUCAAGGUUUACUUUACGACUCUCUACGAGACGAACGGAACCUUCUGGAGUCUCAGGCAAAUGAAGCAGCAUCUGUUCUUUCAGAUGUUGAGGGUCUGUACAAUGAGAUUCUUUCAGAAGCUGAUGACCUAGAUAACCGAGUAGCUGCUUUGAGGGCAAUAGAGUCUCAGAAGGUACAACAAGAGUUGAAGUUUGUGAAGACUCAGAUGGACCUGAUAAUCAAAAACUUUGAAGUUCAGCUUCAGAAUUCGAAACUGGAACAGUACAACUCAGCAAUGAGGAAAGCAGAAGCUGCGACUGCUUCAUUAGCUGCUGCCCAUCAGCCAACUGAGUUUACUUUCAGUGACGAUGAAAACAAGAGUUCUUAUGUUCCACAAAUUGGAGACAAAGUUUAUGUUGAAGGGCUGGGAGGGGGAAGUACGGCUACUGUUGUUGAGAUACUCAGUGAAGAUGGGAGCUGUAUUGUUCAAUAUGGGAAAAUAAAGGCCCGGACCAAGAAUAACAAGAUGAAGUUGGCCCAAAGAGACACAAAGGAAACAUCAGCUUCUUCCGUACAAAGAAAGGGACGGACAGUGAAGCGGUCUCCGGCAGAGGCAACGCAGGGCGCCAGCAUCUCCUUCACCCCGGCCGUGCAGACGUCCAAGAACACGGUGGACCUGAGGGGACUGCGGGUCGCUGAGGCGUCCCACGAGCUCCAGAUGGCCAUCGAUGGGUGCAGGUCUUACCAGGUCCUCUUCAUCGUCCAUGGUAUGGGCACCGGCGCGGUGAAGGAGUGCGCUCUGGAUAUCCUCCGCAGCCAUCCCCGGGUGGCCAAGAUCGAGGAUGAGAGCCCCCUAAACUACGGCUGCACUGUCGCCUACAUUGAGUAAUUAAACGGACCGCGCGGGUCCGUCGCAAAGAUACAGCAGCAACACUUGUACUACAUUCCAGAUCAUCAUACACAACAGAGUUGGAACCUAUACAGUAGUGCAUACAAUGCGGUGUGCAGUCGAAUUUGAGCUCAAUUUCUUAGGAUUGCCGAAUUUUACCCCGAUUUCUGGCAGAAUAGAUCUGUUACAUUUGGAGACUCAAAA